UAUGGCUUCCACAGCAGGCGAGAGAGAAAAAGUGAUACCACUGGUACCGGCUGGAGAGGGCACCCCCUUUGCCAAAGGUGAUACCAGGACGUUUUCUUCUAUACCAGACCCUGGUGAUGGUUACAUAGAGAAGCAGGAAAAUGUUCCAGAAUCGAGUCAGAUGCAAGAAGGGGCCUCGCCAUCUGAACACACGAAACUAAAAUCUGGUAUGAAUGUCACCCAGACAGCCAUUUUUGUCGCCAGUCAGAUAUCUGGUCUUGCCGUACUUGUUAUUCCACCUUUGCUGGUUGACAGUGGUUGGCCAGGCCUGUUUAUCUACCCGGUGAUCGCAUCGCUGAGUCUCUACACCGCUAUCUUGCUCGGUCGGUCUUGGAACAUCCUAUGUAAAAGAAAACCCGAACUUUGUCGGGAUUGCAGACUGCCCUACUCAGCAUUAGCCGGAGAGGCUUACGGGCAAAUCGGAAAGCGUGUAAUCUCGUUCACGAUUGGACUAAUCGGGAUAGCAUCCACCUGCACAUUCUUACUGGGCGUGUCGGAGUUGAUGUUUUCUAUUAUCUACCCCUACCAAACUUUCAGCUUCUGUUACUGGCCCCUCAUUAUAUUUCUUAUUAUCUGUCCGCUCCUGUGGUUCUCGGGCCCAAAGGAAUUAUGGGAGGUGGGUGCAGUCGGAACCUUCGCGACGUUUCUCGGCUCCUACAUCUUGACCAUCAAGGCUUUCGGUGUGUUAGGCGGGGUCUCCAACAGACCCCUAAAUAUCAUCACACACUCCGCCGCUUCGGACGGCGGGUGGAGUGGGUUCUUCGGCCUCCUCGGGUCCUCGUUUUUCCUGACAGGUCCGCACUACAUCAUGCCCACCAUACAGAGGGACAUGGCCGAGCCUCAGCAUUUCUCAAAAGCGUUAGUCAGGGGCAUGGGCAUCCAGAUGCUGGCAAUGUUCAUCUUAGUGAUACCGAUAUGGCUUGCUUUCAGCGGCCCAUUGGCUGAGUUGGGUUAUGUGGAGAGCGUCCUGAAUGCCGUACAGGCCGGCCCGGUCCGUACUGUGGUCUCGGUACUCCUUCUCUUUCACUUCGUAGCUGUGCUGGUCAUGAGCAACAACCCACUUUUUCAAGAGCUAGAACAUAAAUUUGAUAUACCACAUGCUUUCAACUGGAAGCGAAUUCUUCUUCGCACGAGUAUUUUUCUGGUCGAGUUCUUCAUCGUCGAAACAUUCCCUCAUUUUGCCAUUGUGACGUCAUUGACGGGUGGUAUAUUUCUUGCUGGUCUCUCCAUGGUUGCACCUAUUUUCAUCCAUCUAAAACUCCGCCUUAUGGAGACGGCUGAUGAUCCAGAUGAAGUUGGUAUCUCAAUGCCGGACAAGCUGGUAUGUAUUCUCACGGUGCCUGCCUAUAUUCUCAUGAUCGCUGGCAUAAUCUACUACGCUAAUUUCAACAUACAUAACGGUGUUACGGUGCUAACUGUACCGUGUUACGUCAAUGCUACCGCUGCCCACGUUUAACACUACACCAUCAUCGCAUCCGAACAAAAUAAGAGGUUGAUUUAUUCGUGUCCGGUGUUGACAACUACUGUUCUGGCAUCGUGUUUCAAGUCGUGCUUUAAUGUUUGGUGUUUGACGAAUGCAGUAAAUAAUUCAGUGUUACCUUUUACCCGUGUGAAAUAUUGCGGUGACUAAAAGGUUUAUCCCCUCCCCCUAAAAUUUCAAGCGAUUUAAUAAAAAAAGCAACAAUAAUUUGUGGGUUCCAUGACAUUUUGCUCUGGCGACAAUCGCUCCAGCGACAAUUACUCCGCUCUAAAUUCCACACACUAAUCGAAGGAGAAAAUUCAACCCUGUGUUAUACCCUACUAUAAAACCUGACCAUAAUCAUAACAUAAAACCUUAUUUAUUUAUUUAUUUAUUAGAAAAUAUUUAUUCAGGAUAAAAAGAUCAGCUAAAUUGCUGUUUUACAUCAAUGUCCUUAUUUAACAGGGAUAAAAAACAUAUAAAAUUACAAUAAUAUCAUGAUGCAAAAUACACAUAAAUAUUUAAACAUAGCUACUAAAAUAUGAUUUAAAAAAUACUGUAAAUAAUUGUUAAGACAUUGAAAAAAUGAGAUUACCUAGCUACUGAAAUAUGAUAGUAAAAUACUGUAAAUAAUUAUAUUAUGACAUUAAAAAAAAAUGAAAUUCAGUUCGAACUAGUUAAGUAAUCACGGUAAGAUAAUCUGAUAACACCACCCCAACCUUUCACAAUGAUGCUUCAUAAAAUUAUGAUAAGUAUAUUGCAACCCUAACCCAAGCCCUAUACAUCUUUGACGAAGCAACUGUCGCAGGAGCAUUAUGUCGUCUAACCGAUACGUGAUAUAUUGUUGUAUAUACUAAACACUAAAGUAUUGUGGGUAAAAGUGGUAAAUGCAACAUUUAGAAAAGGUAUUCGCUUCUCCAACCUUGUAAGUGUUGAUUUAACAUUUCAUUUUUCAGCGUUUAAAAUUGGGUACUUAAUAUUAUAUGUGUACAUAGGAAAGAAAACAGAGGAAUAAACGAGUACGGUAGAAAUCAGACUGAAAUAAACAGUAUUUUAAAGAAAUUGAAAAUAUUAUAACAGUAAUUUUAAUUACCGAAAUUCAUCGUUGAAAUGUAUUCAUAUUGGUACUAUGUGAUAAAGAUUAAUGUUUAAUUUGGAUUAUGUUUUUUCUCCUCAAAUACGUAUGCUUACUAUACGAAACCUAGCAGAAACGUAGUGCUGGGGUCUUUCAUACUAAAUAUCGGAAACAUGAUAUAAAACUGAUUAAUAAUCACUUUGCCAAACCAUUUUCUAUAUCUAUCUAAAAUUGAUGAUAAUGCAUUUAUAUGAAUAAAAUAAUGUGCAAUCAUCUGAAAAUAUAUUCAUAUCAAGGCGUAUGGUGUUUAAAAGUGCAAUGAAAAAGUACAGCAUUUUAAGAAGUAUUAAACAUUUUUUGUAUUCUUAAUGUGGAGUGUUUGAUGUUUUGAUGAUUAAUCUGAAUGCAUGUGGUAUUAUGAUGGUGUUGGUGCGAGUGGGGGUGGGGUACACUCUGCAUUGCAGGGAUUUAAAAUCAAUCCAGGUGGACUAUACUUCGGGACCAAUCGAAUUCUGGAUUAAAUCUAAAUCCUAAAAAAUAGUUUUAAAUCUCGAGGGAUUUUAAUUUAAACUCUUAGAGAUUCAAAAGUGAACCUGUAGGAUUCAAACUAAAUCCAGGAUUCGAUUGGUCCCUAACCACAAUCCAUCUGGAUUGAUUUUAAAUCCCUGCAAUUUAGAGAGAAGGGGUGGGGAACUGAUUCAAAAUGCAUGAAUUCAGUACAAUCCUGUAAUCACCAUUAGUUGUGUUGCAUUCAAAUAAGUUUAGCCAAUCGUUUCUCUGUUUUUGGUUCAGCUUAAUUCACAAAAAUAUGCUGCAUAAAUGAACACGGGGAACAAUUAAUUCCCAUUGUAGUAUAUAUUUGUUUAUUUUAGAUGACUAGAUUAUUGUUGCACAAAAUGUGUUAUUCUGAAUUUACAAGUAAAUACCCAUUAUAAACAUAUUAGAUAUUAUUUCUUCAUGACUCGUUUAAACGAACGUGAAGAAUAGUAUCGAUAUAUUAAUAUUCAAUUAGUUAAAGUAUUAUACAUGUUAUAUGUUGUGCUUGUGCACUGGUUUUGAAAUAGUGAUUUAUUUAUGGUAUUGGCACUUUUAUGUAUUCAUCACUUUUUUAUUAUAAAUUGUUAUGAGUUGUAAUUGUUGACCGUGUCAGAGCCAUUUGUUGUCUUGGCUAGGGCAGAACAACUAUUGACAUUUUAAAUGCGUACGUCUUUGUCCGGAAUGUUCUAUUUUGCAAUCAAUUUAUAGAAAGACAUUUUCCGGUGUCUAUUCUAAUGCAAGCCUUUAAUUUUGGUUUGCUCUCUGAAUGAAAACCCAACAUUCCUUUCUAUUCUUUUCUUUUUUUUUUAUAAAUAGAUUAUGAUGUCGGGUAUUGAAAGCGUAUGUAUAUGCAUAUUUGUUUGGUUACCAUACCUAUUUAUGAAUCUAUAUGGAUUAUGCAACGGUAAGUUGGUUUUAAACCCAAACAAAUAAGUAAACGAAACCAUACAACAUCGGGACUGUACAAUUGUUUUUCAUUUUCAAUUAUAUUCUUAUAUGACUGUCUAGAGCCUAUAUAUCUUUGACCAAUUCGUUACUAAUAUUAACUGUAUAAUUUGGUGUUGCAAUCGUCAGCAAAUGCAUCAAAUUUUACGCUGUAUUUUCCCUGUGCCUGCAUUUGCAAAUAUAGGCCUACGCACAAGAGUGGGUUGAGGAACGCUAGACCAACAGGUUAAAGACCAUAUGCAUUUAUAACUUGGUGUAUAUGUAUGUUUUGCUAUAACUAUUAAAAUUGUUGAUAUGGAAGAUGAAAACGAAUAAAGAGCUAAGAACUUA